AUGCUAGCGGAAUCUGUAGCUUCACUUCUGCACCACUGCGCCAAAACAAGGGGCUUUCGACAUGGAAUUUCGCUUCACGCUACUGCAAUCAAAGCAGGCAUACAAUCAGAAGUUUAUAUUGGCAAUCACAUACUCAAUUUUUAUGCAAAAUGUGGCCACAUUGAUUCAGCCUACUCAGUGUUCGACGAAAUGUCCCAUAAAAAUUUGAUUACGUGGUCUGCCAUGAUAUCGGGUUCUGACCAAGCCAGAAAAUCCCACUCUACUCUUGAGCUUUAUUUACAAAUGCAAAAGUAUCAUAAGCCGAAUGAUUUUAUUUUUGCCAGUGCUCUUAGUUCUUGUGCUGCCCUUAAGGAAUUAAAGCUUGGGCAGCAAAUUCAUGCACAGGUAGUAAAAUUAGGUUAUCAAUUUGUUUGUUUUGCUGUUAAUUCACUUAUCUUGAUGUACAUGAAAUGUGGCAUGUGUAGCAAUGCCUUGUCCAUAUUUAGUGAUUGUAGUAUUUCUGGAUUCUUGAGUUUUGUUUCUUAUAAUGUAGCUAUUACUGGGGCUAUGGAAAAUGAGCGAGCAGAGAAAGGGUUUGAGAUAUUUAAGCUCAUGGGUCGACAGGGUCUUGUUCCAGAUUGUUUUACUUUUGCAGGAUUACUGGGGGGUAGUGAACCUACUUACGAUUUGUCAGUUGGAAUGCAAUUACAUUGUCAAAUGGUAAAGCUCGGGCUUGAUUAUACGAAUUUUACUGGAAACACUUUGAUUGCCAUGUACUCAAAAUUUCAUCUUAUUGAAGAAGCAGAAAUGGUGUUUAGGCUGAUUAGGGGGAGAGAUGUUAUUUCGUGGAAUACUCUUCUUAGUGCUUGUUGUCAUUGCGAUGAUGAAUCUAAAUCUUUAAGUAUUUUUGGGGAGAUGUUGAUGGACACAAAUGUGAAGGCCGAUGAUUUUACUUAUGCGAGUGUGCUUUCUGCAGCUGCCGGUCUGGCUUCCAUGCGUCAUGGAAUGGAGAUUCAUGCUCAUUUAAUUAGGACGAGGUCAGAGUGGGAUCUGGGUGUUGCUAAUGCACUUGUGAACAUGUAUUCUAAGAGUGGCUGCAUUGGCUAUGCGUACACAGUUUUUGACCGAACAAAGUACCAUAAUCUUGUCUCUUGGAAUACCAUUAUUGCUGGAUUUGCAAAUCAUGGGCUUGCAGGAAGGGCGAUGGAAUUGUAUGAGGAGAUGAGGGGGGAGGGGUUGAAGCCCGAUUCUGUUACAUUUCUUGGACUUCUAAUAGCUUGCAAUCAUUCAGGACUUGCAAAUGAGGGCCAAUAUUUCUUUAAUUCCAUGACUCAAGUUUAUGAGAUCACACCUGAUAUUGAGCACUUCUGCUGCCUCGUUGAUUUACUAGGACGAGCUGGGAGGGUGAAAGAAGCUUUAGACUACAUGUCUAGAUUUCCAUUUGGGGAUGAUCCAAUUGUUUUGGGCUGUUUACUUUCGGCAUGUCGACUGCAUGGAGAUGUUAUAGCUGGGGAACAACUGGCUAGAAGGCUUCUAAAACUUCAGCCCGUUACCACUUCACCUUAUGUUUUGUUGGCAAACUUAUAUGCUUCAAAUGGCAAGUGGGACAAUGUUGCUAUGGCAAGAAAAUUGCUGCAGGGUAGCAGAUUGAAGAAGGAACCUGGCCAUAGUCUGAUUGAAGUUAAGGGAUCAGUCGAAAUGUUUAUGGUAGGUGAUUUUUCUCAUUCGAGGAUUGAGGAGAUAGUCAAUCUACUCUGCACCUUGGAUUGGACAGGAGAGGAAAAUCUAUUGACUUAUUGAUAAUAGUAACACAAGAAAUGUAUAUAUGUUACGAUUCUUUAUGUAUGCUGAGAUUUUGUAACUUGGUUUUCAA